CCUGGCCGCAGCGUGCCGCCGGCUCGCGGACGAGUACUGCGGGAGCGCGACCGUGGUGUGCACCGACAUGUACGCCGUCAAGUACGACCUGUUCGCCAACCACGACCAGUACGGCAUCGAGCGGCCGCUGAUGGCGUGCUGCGGCCACGGCGGGCCGCCGUACAACUACGUGAACCUCAAGACGUGCGGGCAGCCGACGGCGACGGCGUGCCCGGAGGGGGAGAGGCACGUGAGCUGGGACGGCGUGCACUACACCGAGGACGCCAACGCUAUCGUCGCCUCCAAGAUACUCUCCGGCGACUUCUCCCAGCCGCGCACCAAGCUCCAGGCACUGUGCAAAUAAGAGCACAACCACUUGUGAUUUUGGUCGAGGUGUAAGUACUAUAAGAUCAAAAACUGGAUCAGGUACACCUUGACCGUUGUUUCCUCAGCUACUAAUAAGAUCCGCUCCACGCGUAGUUUUUACUGGAACUAGAUGACUCGUUGCUGGCGCAAAGGGCGAAAGCAAGCCAAGUAUUGAAAGAGUACACAUAAAAAUAUUGAAACAUAUGCAAAUAAAAAAUUGCUGCUGGCAAUGUCAUGAUUUUCUCUAACCAGUGUAAACAUAUAUAAAUAGUCUUUUGAAAAUAUUAAUAGAAGGCCAGUUGAUUACAUAUAUAGAACAAGUAAUCACAAGUUUCUUUUGACCACAAAGACAAUAAUAAGGUUUAAAGUGUACAUGCAGUAUCAUACACGAAAGGGAAUCUAAAGGCUAU